UUUGCAUUCCAACAACACCACACCUUCAAAUCAAAGUCACACAUAUUUUCACUCAAAUCAUCCCAAAAAAUGUCUUCUCACGAGCAAAGCUACAGAGCUGGUGAAGCCAAGGGCCAUGCUCAGGAGAAAACCGGGCGUGCGAUGGACACGGUGAAGGACAAGGCCCAGGCGGCGAGGGACAAGGCCUCGGAGGCCGCAGACGCAACGAGGGAGCGGGGCAGCGAGACCAAGGAGCAGACGGGGAGCUACGCGCAGGCGGCCAAGGACAAGGCGUCGCAGAUGGCGGAAUCGGGCAGGGAGACUGCGGCGGCGGGGAAGGAGAAGACGGGAGGGUUUUUGCAGAAGACCGGGGAUCAGGUGAAGGGGAUGGCGCAGGGCGCCGCCGAGGCGGCGAAGCACACUUUCGGGAUGGCGGAGGAGGAGGAUAAAGAAGAUGUGUUUAAGAAGAGAGAUACCACUAAUUAUUAA